UCUUGCAGAAUUUCAUCUCUUUUUACACGUGUAAGAAUUGCGAAGUGAAAAGAAACUGAGGGAGUACUACUGUAGAACGGGACAUAUCCGUAACCUUGGUGGGCCGGGAGCCCGCUGGUUAUCUCACUCGUCCUCUUGGUUGGCAACUUGGCAUCUCAAAAUUGUCUAAAAAAAGCUACCUGAUAUAUCUUUCUUUCCAACUAACCAAGGUUCCCCUCGCAAUUAUCCCGUCGGUGGAUCGAUCUAGGUUUGGUACGCAUCAUGGCGGCGGCGACGGUCGAUGCGGUGGCUACGACUACGACCGGCGGCCGCUUCGGCAGCGCGUUGGAUGCCGACGACCCCGCGGCCGUGAAGGCCGCCGUCCGCAGCGGCGUGUACGAGGCCUGCAAGGGGCAGCUGUACGAGGAGGUGCAGCGCCUCCGGCCCCUCAUCGCGUCCGGCUCCGACGCCGCCCUCCGCCUCCGGGGGCUCGCGGACGACCCCGACUUGAUGCCGCACUGGCGCGACAGGCUCAACGACAACAUCCACCACGUCGGCCUCGUCCUGGCCGCGAUGCAGCGCUACCCGCCGGAGCGCGGGCGGAUGGAAGGCCAGCUGCUGCUGGCCGGUUUGCACGUCCUCGGCGAGUGCGCCUCGUACUGGCGCCACUGGGACCGCGUCCGGCCGGCCGGUCGUAAUCGGCCGGCUUCGGCGUCAGGCGCCGUCGAUGGCCUAGCUUCGGGGAUUCAGGCCGUGCAAAUAUCUUCUUCUUCUUCUUCAUCACCAGAAUAAUAAGGAGAAAGAAGCCAUCGUCGAUGAAUGUAUCUCGCAUUGUAAGACCAGACCAGUCAUAGAUAUUGCAUAUGCUCCCUCGUGCUGCUCGUGGCUAUUUAUGAUAUGUAUGGUUUAUUUAGCGAAAACUACUUAUAUGUAUUGUCCUGUUUGGCAAGGCGGUUAGGAUUUAAAGGAUGAAGUUUCAGGGAAA